AUGGCACUUCCACUUCACGACUCUGGCCCCAUAGAGCUCGAUACCGAAGAACAAGCUUGGCUUGCCCACCAGCCCUUUCUAUACAGUCGCGGUUACCAACUUCGUCCGCGGUACAGGCCAAAUUGGGUCCCGUCCUGGACGCCGGGAUUUCAUUACGAUGCCGAGGAUGCUCUUCUCCUGCCAUUCAGAGGCGGCGUCGUGAUCGAUGCCACGCGAAUCUCCGAUGGCAAGAUGGUUUACAUCAAGAAAGUACGAAGGGGGUCUGAGGAGCUAGCCAUCGCGACCUACCUCUACUCGGAAGAGUCGCGCGGUGAUGCUCAGAACCGUUGCGUCCCUAUCUUGGAUGUUCUCGACCCUCCGCAAGACCCGACUAUCUCGCUUAUGGUCAUGCCCUUCCUGCGGUACAUUGACUCACCGAAAUUCGAAAGGGUGGAGGACAUUCUGCAGUGUGGCCGACAACUCCUAGAGGGCCUUGUUUUCCUGCACGCCCACGAUGUCGCUCACCGCGAUUGCUCGUUCAAGAACCUCAUGAUGGAUGCUAGCGCUUUGCACCCACUUGGCCAUCACCCUAUUCAAUACGACUACCUGGCUUCGGAUUAUUCCCAGCGGGCACCCGUGCUAUCUCGUGUCGUCGCUAGAGUCAAGUACUACUUCACCGAUUUCGGCAUCUCCACGCGUUUCGCCCCCGGAGCGGAAAACAGGCUCGUCCUCGGCGACAAAGGACUCGACAAAGAGCUCCCAGAGCUCUCUCUAGUCGUUCCGUACGACCCCUUCAAGGCAGACGUCUUCCUCCUUGGCAACGUCUUUCGCAAGCACUUCGUCGAGAAGUAUCGGAAUGCGCCGAUGCUGGACAUGGGGCAACUCGUCGCACGAAUGACGGCACCUGACCCAAAGCAACGCCCCACUGCGGCCGGAGCUCUUCGCGAGUGGCAGGCACUGCAGAAACGCACCUCCGCCGUUAGUCGUGGCUGGCGCUUGCAGCCGCAGGACGACUCGGAGAGUCUCCUUGUCCGCGUCAUCUACGAUGUCGUCCAGCCUUACCACAGUGUAGUACCAAAAUGCUAG